AUGCCUCGCCCAAAGAAGCCAGGCGUCGAGCCGAAACGACGGUCACGCAACGGCUGCUGGCCGUGCAAGUCUCGAAAAGUAAAAUGUGGAGAGGAAAAGCCAUCGUGCACAAACUGCCAGCGGCAGGGCGAAAAGUGCGACUACAGCAUCCGCCUCAACUGGGGGGGCCGCUCGCGCCAGGACAAGAUCUGCUCCGGUUCGGAUGCCUCGAAUGGCGUCUCGGCAAGUCCCUACGAGUCGGCCUUUGUAUUCGAAGACGACAGUUCACGCUUGUUUCCUCUGCCAUCAGAAGCACAGAGCCAGCAUCAGCAUGCACGCUCUGCCUCACACGCGUCUCUCUCCGCAUCUACCCACGCCAUUGACCCGACGCUGAUGCGACCGAUACCACACAUCGUCACCAGUCCAGAGCCCGUCGACGGCAACCCUUUUUUUCAAGCCGCUGUGCCGUCAUCAGCACCAUACAGCCAGGCACAGUACCAAACCACUUUCGACGCACGAUCAUUUGCCGCACCCGCCUUCGACGCAUUUAGUUCGAGUAGUCCCAACUUUGCUUCCGCAGAUGGCCCAAUGCCGCCCCCCUCCCAAUCCUCUUCCACAGACCCCAUGCUCCAGCGCCAGAAAUAUGGCACCCCCAUCGAAUCGCCCGGAACGGUAUUUUCAGAUGCAUAUUCACCAAGGACAGUGCAUACACCACAAGACUCGGCCGUCUCAUCUCCAGGCCCACGCCGCGUGUCUGUACAGUCUCUCGUCAACGAUCUGCACGGCGACCGGCAGUAUUCGAGUAGCUAUCACGGUGACGAUGCCAGGCAAUAUCCCAUCGUUGACGCAGCCUCGACCACCUACGGCUACGAUUUGGGGCUUCCAGACUUGGACACGCCGAGAAACGACGACGCUUCAGCCAUUGCCGUAGUAAGUCCGCAAAACAACGCCAUGGACUUGAAUGGCGAUUCCCCGUACGACAGCUCCGAAGCCCCAAGCAAGCCAAUGGCGUUUGAGAGAGGUGGCUACUACGCAAGUCCAGUACCCAUUAGGAUUGCCAAGACUUUAGAGCCCCUUCCACCUCUACUCAUAGAGAACCAGAUGAACCUGCUUUACUUUCACCACUUUCUUAACCAUACAGCUAGGAUAUUGGUCCCCCAUGACUGCGAGAGAAAUCCAUUGCGGAAUAUCCUGCCCCAAAUGGCUUUACAAGACGAGCCCCUCUUGGGCCUCCUGCUUGCAUAUAGCGCUUCGCAUCGCGCACACAUGCUCCAUCACCCCGAGCCAGCAAACCGGAUCGCAGUCUGGGUGGAAAACGUAUUCCCUAAGCUACGGCAGACGCUCAAUGAAAACCCUAACGACAUUCCCGACAGCACGCUGGCUGCAGUCAUCAUGAUGGCGAGCUUGGAGAUCAUCUCGUCGGACAGUUUUGAAGUGCAUGUAUCAUGGCAAAACCACCUCACCAUGGCGCGCCAAAUGAUUAUCCAACGCGGGGGACUCAAAGGCAUGGAUCAAAAUGAUAGCACCACCCGGUUUCUCUCACGAUGGUUCGCGUAUCUCGAUGUGGUCGGUUCGCUGAGUGGACACAAAAACGACAUGCCAUUCGGGUCCUUUUACUGGUCCAUCGAAAAAGAAUCCACCGACGAAGACUUUGGGAUUGAUUGCUUGAUGGGCUUUUCAACGCACUGUGUAGGAAGUCUGGCUCGCAUCUCUGAGCUAGCCAAGCGCUGUGAACCACUACGUAUUGACGAGAACGGCAACAUACGCCCAGACUGGGUGCCCAGCCACGAUAUUGUCGACGAGGCUAUCAAGAUACGCCGGUCGCUUGAAGAAGGCAUAUCGAACCGGAAUCCCCGCAGAAGCCAGAACCACCGCUGUAGCCUGUUGUCCAAGGACCCGUGGGAUGCCGCCGAGAUUUAUGCAACGAAUGAGCUCUUUCACUGGGCUGGCUUGAUUUCCCUGCACCGCCGUGUCCUAGGGAAAACAUCCCUAGAUCCUGAGGUCCAAUAUGCAGUUCGCCAGAUUUUAGAGCUCCUGGGCAAGAUUCGGAGGGGAACUUCGGCAGAAGCUUGCUCCAUCUUUCCAAUGUUUGCUGCUGGGUGCGAAGCCCAGGAUGAGGAUCACCGAGAGCAGAUCAUGGAGCGACUAAAGGGAGUGGAGCAGGUGGGACUGAAUCAGGUACGAAAGAUUACUAAACUCAUCAAGAGUGUAUGGGAAACGGGAAAGCCAUGGGAGUCGCUUGUUUCUGGAGAAUUCUUCGGCUGAAGAUUCUUGCAUCCAAGGCAGUGUGAACUGUCCCUAUUGUCAGGUCGCAACGCGAUCUAUCGUCUCAAAAGCGACGUGAUUGUCCUGAACUAUCGAGAUAACGAGCAACAACAUGCAGAGAACCUGUCUCGUCGAGACAUGUACCGCGGAGAAGGACCAAAGCAAAUAACUUGGCCAAGAAUCUAGUGACAGCUGCCUACAUACGUCAUGAGCCACAUGACGAUGAGAAGAUCCUCGAGAACCGCGAUACCUUUGCAUCAGAAGGGAAUGCAAGAAUGAAGAGAACAGACUCAGAGCGAGGAGGCGCAUGUAAGAUUGAGUCCUUAGGACUCAGGGAAAGGAAAGAAGGCCAAGACUGGCAAUGGCCUUGACGGCAGCUCCAUGAGCAAUAUAGACCUAGUACUCCUCC